AUGAAGACUCCUCAAAUUCUCGCCAUUCUCGGCUUCACUGCCAUCGCUAUGGCUCAAUCUCUUGCUCCAUCCCCUACAGAGAGUGCUGGAUGCGAACCGCACGGGGACCAUGCGCGGCAUUGCGAUAUCCCGGCGACCGCCGUCUCGACCUCCUCUGACGUUGUUGCUACUACCACCGCUGCUGAGGAUUCCGAAGCUUCCAGCAGCGCCACCUUGCCCCCUUCUCCCACCGGACGCGGAGAGUGUAGCGUGCACGUUGAUCACUGGCAUUGCGAUAUCCCGGCGACUGCUACCGCCUCUGUCUCCACCGACGCCGCUGCUGCAACCACCACCGCCGCUUCCGGUGCCGACAACAGCACUUCUCCGGCCAUCGCCGUCCUUGCUGGUGCUGCUCGCGCCGGUUUCGGUGCUGCUGCCGUCGCGGCCGCCCUCGUGGCUUUCUAA